CAACUACUUACGUUUUACGGCAGGGAAGAUCAAAUUUGAUUGGACGUUUCGUGCCGUAAACCGUGUCGGUUACAGAACGCAUGGGACGGGACUAGCACGGCGUGUAAAGCUGACAUUAUGGAAGCCAAAUCCAAAAAGCCAUUUUCUCCUAAGGGUGGAAAGAAGUUCACCCAGAAAGGAAAAGAUUCCAUAGGGACCAAACUUGGUGGUAAACCAGGAGGUAAACCAGGAGGUAAACCAGGCGGUAAACCAGGCGGUAAACCAGGCGGGAAAAAGCCCUUCAAACCGUACAACAGCGCCGAGAAGAGGAACGGACCAGGGAAGGGGCGAGAUGGCGGCAAGAAAGAUCAGAAACAGAAGUUUGCUUUCUCCAAAGGUGGAAAAGGGCCACAGGGAAAGAGAAAGCUGCCAGUCUAUGACAAAGAAGAGGGGGAAGGUCCGAAGGCUAAGAAGGUGAAAGGCGAGUUUAAAGCAAAGGACGACGUGUCAGCGGAGGAAAUGACGAUGAACCGGCAGCAGAGGAAGAAGGAGAUAAAGAAGAACCGGCAGGAGGCAGAGAGGAAGGACAUGUUCCAGAUCAUCUGUCGGUCCAAACAACUGUGGGGAGACCUCAGGAGGAAAAAAUGCGACGAAGACUCGAAGAAGAAGCUGAUGGACGAGCUUCACGACCUGAUCCGUGGAAAGAUCAAACAGAUGGCAUACGCUCACGACUCAGUGCGAGUGCUGCAGUGUUUCAUCCAGUUUGGCAGUCACGCGCAGAGAAAGGAGGUGCUGGAGGACAUCAAAGAUGACAUUGUUAAUUUGUGUAAGUCGCAGUAUGGCCGACAUGUGGUGAAAAAACUGCUGAUGUACGGGGACAAGGAGCUGGUGGCGGGCGUGAUAAAAACAUUUAAAGGUCACGUGCGGCCGAUGCUCCGCCACGCCGCCGCCUCCACCAUCAUCGAGUACGCCUACAACGACAAGGCCGUGCUCGCACAGAGACUCAUGCUCACAGACGAGCUGUAUGGCAACACCUUCGCCCUCUGCAAGUCAUCACAGUGCAACACCCUUGAGAAAGUCCUGGAGCUGAACCCGGACAAGCUGAACGGCAUCAUCGACGAGAUGAAGCAGAUUCUCACACCCAUGGCUCAGAAAGAACAGGUGAUCAAACAUUCUCUGGUCCACAAAGUCUUCCUGGAUUUCUUCCUGUUUGCGCCUGACAAACAGAGAACAGAGAUGAUCGAGUCCAUCAGAGAGUCUGUCGUCUACAUGGCUCACACGCACGAUGGAGCCCGAGUGGCGAUGCACUGUCUGUGGCACGGCGCAGCCAAGGACAGAAAAGUCAUCAUCAAAACGAUGAAGACGUACAUGGUGAAGUUUGCUACGGGGGAGUUCGGUCACCUGGUUCUCCUGGCCAUGUUCGACUGUGUGGACGACACCAAGCUGGUCAAACAGGCCGUCCUCUCAGAGAUCUUGUCGUCUCUGGACGAGGUCAUCGGCAACAAAUACGGUAAGAAGGUUCUGUUGUACCUGCUGAGCCCCAGAGACCCCGCUCACCUGCUGCCAGAGAUCAUCAAGGUGUUGGAGCGAGGAGACGGAAACGCACACAGUAAAAAGGAUGUGGCCAUUCGAAGGAAAGAGCUGCUGGAAGUCGUCUCCCCUCCACUGCUGGAUCAUCUCCGUGACAACGCUGCUACCAUGGUGAUGGACAAAGCGACCAGCGUCACCAUUAGUGACAUCUUGGCGUCGGCCUGCGGCGACCUGCGGCCCGCCAUGACGGCCGUGGCUCAGCUGGCCAAGCAGACCUUGGUUCCUGGAGGGAUCGACGGACAGCUUCACAUAGCAGAGCAUCCAGCAGGACACCUGGUCCUCAAGUGGCUCAUAGAGCAGGACGUCACAUUAGCAGAGGCUGGAAAAGAAGAGCGUUUCGCCAGGAUACUGGUGGACACCGUUGGAACAGAUACAAUGAAGAGCUGGGUCAAAGUCAACAGAGGAGCCAUGGUUCUGUGCGGCCUCCUGAACAGCUGUGACAAGUCCGUGGCUGCAGAGGUGAAGGCGGCGCUGAAGUCCAUCACGUCAGAGCUCAAGAGCAUCAGCAACAACAAAGGAGUUGAAAUCCUUCUGGAGAACCUGAACAAGUAGAGACCUUUAAUUUCAAGCAAACCGUCGACAUGAAACACAUCACUUCCUCUGCAGCAGUGAGGAAGGAAAUACCACGUGUAAAGCAGCGGAUGGGAGCGUUUCUAAGGAAGUGGAAACAACUGAUGUGUAAUUUCAGUCCCUGGUGGAAAAAAUGGACGCGAAUUUGUUUGAAAUCUGGAAUAUUGUAAUAAUCAGAGUGUUUGGAAGACAAACUGAUGCAACAUGAAGAUAAUAAAAUACACAGAAGGCAGUUUUACAAUACAUAGAUAGUAUAUGGAGGACAUGACCAGUACAAAAGAGUCAUGUCAUAUUCUUAACAAGCUUUUCUACUUUCCCGGUUUUUCAGUCUCUGUGCUGUCGUUUGAACUCAACGCUUCCUGACAGUGUUUCACGUUAUCAUUUGAUGAGUUUGACACGGUUCAAGAAAACUGCAGGGUAGAAACUGCAGUGUUUCUGUUAGGAAGACAAGUUUGCAUCAGCAGGAAAUGAUCAGAGACCUCCUGUCUAGUUGAGAUAAAAACUGCAAUGAACCGUUUGAGAAUUUACCACACACACGAUGAUAUAUUUGGGUAAAGAUAGAUCCUAAAGCUUUUCCACCACUCUGGCUGAACCGGCCCUUUAAACAGGACCCAUGGACGUUUGGGCUGGACGGUCAGUUUAUGUACGUGAAGUUGCCCUGAGUUCAGAUUUUAUAUGUUGUAAUGUUUUUUUGCAUAAUAAAGAAUAUUGUGACCAUGA